AUGACUACGGAAACAGAUGGUAAAUCCAAUGAAACACAUUUUAUUCCCGGCCAACCAGUUGAGUAUGUCAACCCUGAACUUACAGAAUUGGAACAAGCCAAACCUGGCAGGACAGUCAAUUUGAAAUUUGGUUUUGGACCGAUUCCAUCCAAUGCUAGUAAUAAGACCAUCUUCUUCUUUGAUAUAGACAAUUGCCUAUAUCCUCGAUCGACGAGAAUACUUGAGAUGAUGCAUGAUAAAAUACACGAAUAUUUCAAGAAUAACUUAAAUUUAAAUGAUGAAGACGCUAGCAAAUUGCAUACUGACUACUACAGAACUUAUGGAUUGGCAUUAGAAGGAUUAGUGAGAAACCAUCAAGUUGAUGCGUUGGACUACAAUUCCAAAGUGGAUGAUGCAUUGGACUUGCAUGCGGUAUUGCGCUAUGACAAAGUCUUGAGGGAGACCUUAUUGAAAGUGAAAAAAUUGGGCAAAUUUGAUUAUUUUUGGCUAAUUACAAAUGCUUAUAAGAACCACGCUUUGAGAGUAAUUAGCUUUUUGGGGAUUGGCGAUUUAUUUGAGGGAUUGACGUUUUGUGAUUAUUCGAAAUAUCCUAUUAUUUGCAAGCCUAUGAGGCAAUAUUUUGAUAAUGUAUUCCAAUUGACUCAAUUGGACUGUACCGAUGAGGCUGUUUUAAGAAAACAGUGGUAUAUCGACGACAGUGAGUUGAAUGUUAAAGCUGCAUUUGAUCUAGGCGUGGGGCAUGUUAUUCUCUACAUUGAAAAUGAACAAGAUAUGGCUAACUUGAAGAAACAUACAGAUUACAAAAAGUAUUUUGCUGGAAACGGAAGAAGAAUUGAACUUUUGAACAAUUUCUCCAGUUUACCAGACCUAGUUGGUCCUUGA